AUGGCGCUCGAGAAGAGCUACAUGCGACUGACGGCGCUGCCGCGCGCCGACGAGGAUCACAUGGCGCAGCACAGACCCAACAGAGGGGUCUACGAGUCGAUCACGUACCACGCGCGCCUCGCGCUGCGCGCGGGCGACGAGGGCGAGUUUGCACAGUGUCAGGCGCAGCUGGCGCAGCUGGUCCCUCUGCACGCGGCGGGGCUGUCGGAGCACGCCGCGGAGUUCGCAGCGUACCGGCUCCUCCAUUGCGCCGUAUGCGCCGCCUUCGUCCCCUCCCUCCCCCUCUCCCGCGCGGCGCACCUGCUCGGCUUCGGGGGCGACCUCGCCGUCUGCACGCAGUGGCUGCGCGAGCAGGGGGCGGUCCUCGAGCUGCACCACUCGAAGGGCGUCGUCCGCGGAGGGCUCCUCCUCACACGCGAGACCGGCAGAGCGAUGCGCGGUCCGGGCUGA